AUGGAACAUAGCCCUCCGUCUCCGGUGGGCAGUUGGCCGGCCAUACCUCCAAGCCCUAUGGGUCCGAUGAGUACAGCGAGGGAACCGAGUCUGGAGUUCUGCUCUGAACCUGAGCUGAUGGAACAAUCCAAUGAGAUACUUAUGGAGGCAAUGCGGCGACAUCAUGAUUCCCUUGCAGAGAAGUUGCAGCACCUGGAUGCUCGGGUGCAGCAGAUCGCUGAGAGCCUGUGCCACAGCCGACGCCUCAUGCCCAUGCGGCGAUCAUCCACCCAUUCCAAUGCCUCCGCGGUGGAGUACCCAUCAUCCCAAAAGAGGCUUCAGGCAGAUAGCCUAGCCAUGGAGGUCUUGCAGAUGGACAUCUCACAUUUGGGCGCUGGACGCCUCCCUACACGCUCGAUGAGUCUAAAGAAGCUCCCAGCGAUCACUCGACGUAAAGAGAGAACCCACUCCACCAACUCUACACCAAAAAAGGAGAAGGAGGUGGAGUUUUCGAUUCUGCCAUCAAUUCCGGCUCUGCCGGGUGUGUUGGAGCAGGGCCCCAUGCCGCGGGAAGCAACUCGAAGCGUCACAGAGGAGACGGAUGGGUGGCACAGGAGCGUGGGCGCCAGCACUGGCCUUCCAAGCGGUUCGUGUUCCAGGGACCGUUCUGGUGACAGGGACCAAGAGGAUUCGAGGGGUCGAUUGGCUCAAGACUCCAGGAGUUUCUCCAAGGACGAGAGUCAGUUGAUGCCCAGAUCAUCUACUUCUGCCAGCAAAAGCAUUCAUCGUGGCAAUUCCCAAAGCUCCGCGUUGGCGGAAGGAACUGAACCACAAGAGGAAGUCAAAUCAAUGAAGUCUUUCCAUCGUGGCAGUUCCUUAAACUCUGCGUUUCUCGCAGAAGUGGCUGAAUCACAAGAGGAUGGCAAAUCAUCCAGAGGCGAGAACACGCCCAAGGAGUCCAGCAAAAGGUCGAGAGCUGUCUCCCAAGUAAGCAGCGGCGGGGGGAAAGAGAAGACCAGACGGGCAAGCGCAGUUCUGGACCGCGCAGUGUCAAAGGGGAACUUGUCAGAAGUUUUUAGGUUGCGGGAGCAAGAACUCACAGCAACAUUGUCCCAUCGGCCAAGCGGUGAUCCCCAGAAUUCGAGCGUGAAAUCGCGUGAGAAAGCAACCAUGUUGCAAGAAUUGACCAACGAAGAUGGAGGUACCAGCGAGAGUGCUGAUGAGGACUGCUGCAAAGCGGUGUUUGGAAGGAUCUUUUCACUGGGCUACGGCGAGCCAAAAUGGGGUACACUUUACCAGCAAACCUGUGUGUUCUUAUCCCCAUUCAUUCUUGAGGGAUCUUGA